UGUGGCGUCGUCCCGCAUUAGAAUGUCUGACGUUCCGCAUCUUUUUUUGUAAGUGCGCAAGUGCUCGUCGGCGCCGCUCCGCGACGGGAAAAAAAAACUAAAAAAGGCGUUUUUGCCGUUAAAAAGCCCCGCAGCCUUCGCCCGGUGACGCUGGUUUAUGCCCAGUGUGCUUCGGCGUCAACGCGGGUGACAUUGGGGCGAAGAGACGCGGUGAAAGCGGCAACUUUGGCGUCGAGCGAGGAGACCUACUUCUAGAGGCGGAGCUCUCCAUCGCCGCCUUCGCUUCCUCCUCCGGCGGCGGAAGCAGCAGUAGCAAGCAAGCUAGCCAGCCUCCAGCAGCACGUUGCUACUUGACGUCGCUCCUGCAACCGGGAGAACAAGACACGCUCCUUCGCUUCUCUCUGCGAACGCCUCCGAAAGUCCACCCAGCUUCGAGACAACAUGUCGGCCUCGGCGGCGAAAGUCAGUAAAAAGGAGCUCAACUCGAACCACGACGGCGCGGACGAGACCUCCGAGAAAGAGCAACAAGAAGCAAUCGAACACAUUGAUGAGGUUCAAAAUGAAAUUGACAGGUUGAACGAGCAGGCCAGCGAGGAGAUCCUGAAAGUAGAACAGAAAUACAACAAACUUCGUCAGCCGUUCUUUCAGAAGCGAUCAGAACUGAUCGCCAAAAUCCCCAACUUUUGGGUCACCACAUUUGUCAACCAUCCGCAAGUAUCCGCCCUACUGGGGGAGGAAGAUGAAGAAGCGCUUCACUACCUGAGCCGAGUGGAGGUGACAGAGUUUGAAGACAUAAAGUCGGGUUACAGAAUAGAUUUUUAUUUUGAUGAAAACCCGUACUUCGAAAACAAAGUACUUUCCAAAGAGUUCCACCUGAAUGAGAGCGGAGACCCGUCUUCAAAGUCGACAGAAAUCAAAUGGAAGUCAGGAAAGGACCUGACCAAGCGCUCCAGCCAGACACAGAACAAAGCGGGGAGGAAGCGGCAACACGAAGAGCCCGACAGCUUCUUCACCUGGUUCACCGACCACGCUGACGCCGGCGCCGACGAGCUGGGCGAGGUCAUCAAGGACGACAUCUGGCCCAACCCCCUGCAGUACUACCUGGUUCCCGACAUGGACGACGAAGAGGGCGAAGGCGAGGAGGACGAAGAGGAUGAGGAGGGUCUGGAGGACAUCGACGAGGAGGGUGAUGAGGAUGGAGAGGACGAUGAAGAGGAUGACGGGGAAGAUGGAGAGGACGACGAGGGAGAAGACGACUGAAAGCGAUGAAGAAGCCCGCCCUCCUCACCUUUCUAUUCCCUAUUUGGUUAACUCAUGUUCGGGAGCAAAGGUUUAUUUUUAUUUUUGGUUUAGCUUUUUUGUUUUUUUUUUGUUUUUUAAGUCCAUGCGUGCUUCAUCCGACACUCUGAAGCCCCUUCUUCACUUGCGGGUGCCACAUCUGUUUUUUCUUUGACUGGUCUAAAGGCCCACGGCACUCAGCCCUCAAUUGUGAGUCCAUCCCAGGGUCACCUGAUGAGUGAUAAUAAAACUAGAAUUUGAAGACGCGCGACACCCAAAUAAAUCCUCCUGGUUGACUAAAGCCAUGUUGUAGUGACCUAGCACUAGCAGACCUCACCAGUUUUCUUUCACUUGGGGCGUGGAUGCCGUGAAAAGAAGAGAACUUUUCCCCCCACGUGGUUAACAAGUGUCGGCUCAUUCCUUUGUCAUGUAGGGCUCCUCCUGGGGGUUAUUUUGACGCCAUUUCUGUGGGACUUUUUUGUUUUCAUUGUAUUGUUUUACAGAUCCAUUGAAUUUGAAAUGACAUUUUUAAUAAAGAACAAAAAGGGUAAAAAAAAAAAAAAAAAAACUAAAACCACAACCAAGCUUGUAAAUUUUGGCCCCCACUCGCUUCAUGAAAAGUUUGUCAUUUAAAUCACCUUCCUUUUUCUCCUGGGGGGAAAGAAAGUGUUUAAAGUUUGAGGUGUAAACUUGCUUUGUUUCAAUAAUAAAAGGUAACGUGUA